GAGAGAGGGAGAGCGUGAGACUCUCACUGUGUGUGUGUGUGCGUGGGCUCGCCCACAGCCCAUAAAUAAACAGGCAAAUAGCAAAAGGCGAAUUUGCGGCCCUUUGACCCUUCCGGCAAAGUGAAAGUGUUUUAACUGCCAGCAUGUGUAUGCCAGAGCCCCAGAGUCACACUCACAGACUGAGUCACAGUCAGAGUCACAGUCACAGCCAGAGUCAUAGACUGAGUCACAGUCAUGGACAGAGUCAGCAGCAGCAGCAGCUGCUACCACAGCACCACCGACAGCACAGCCAACACCACCACCAACAGCAGCAGCAGGAGCAGCAGGAGCGGGAGCAGCACCCUCACCACCAGCAGCAGCACCACCAUAGCCACAGCCACAAGCAACAGGCAGGCCAAGCUGUUAGCCUGGCCAAGAGGACAACAGCAACUACAACAACAACAACAGCAACACAUUUGCAGCUUUGGUAUAUGCUACAUGUGAUAUUAGUGCUAAUCGAUAUAACCAGCUCGCUGACAAUGACCGAGGUGAAGAUACCCAAUCACAUAAUGCGGCUGAAGAGCGCGCUGCUCGGCUGUCGCUAUUCCCUGGACGGCGAAUCGCUCUACUCGGUCAAAUGGUACAAGGAUGGGCACGAGAUCUACCGCUAUGUGCCGCGGGACAAGCCACCUGGACAGGCAUUUCCGCUGCCUGGCGUCAACAUCGAUUUGCGCAACUCCUCGGAUACGCAGGUAAUGCUGCGACGCGUAACACUCCAAAGUUCUGGCGUCUAUCGCUGCGAGGUCUCCGGCGAGGCGCCCGCCUUCAACACCGUCUCCGAGUCGGAGACAAUGACCGUUGUGGUAACCCCGAAUCAUGGGCCAAAGAUAACGGGCGGGCAGCCGCGCUACCAAAUCGGCGACAUUGUGCGCGUCAAUUGCACCUCGGCACCGUCGAAGCCCGUCUGCCACCUGAGCUGGCUGAUCAACGGGGAGCCGGCGCAGAAGCAGCAUCUGAAGCAGUACGACAAGAUUGUGAUGAACCGGGAUGGCCUGGAGAUGGCGCGCCUGGGCCUGGAGUUUCGAGUGCGGGCAUUUCACUUCAAGAAUGGCGACAUGAAGCUUAAGUGCGUGGCCAAGAUCAGCUCGCUCUACUGGCAGAGCAACGAGGAGAGCGUCGAGAGCGAUCGCCAGCAGCGAGCACCGGCCCUCGAGUCGCGCGAGACCGUGGCAGCCAAGUCGAGCACAAUUGGUGCUGCCGCCUCGAGACAGCCCUCGCAUCUCAUCUCGCUGCUGCCCGCGGUGCUGCUGCUCUUCGGCGUCGUUGGAUCUUGGAGCUGGCCACCCGAGUGCGUUGGAAGUUAACUAGGCACAGUAGACACUCGCAAAGCUGGCCACUUGCAUCUUGCUUAAGGGCAGCAGCUUGACAUCAUGUGCAAGCCAACAAAAUUCUUGUGGAAAAAA